AUGAGUCCAUCGUGCAUUGCGUCUCUUGCCUCAUUCACUGCCAAUCCACGCACUCUGUCCAAGCAACACGCCUCCCACCAAGACACGGCUGCCGACGACUACACGCCACUCGCGGUUGGCACAGAUGUCAGCGCAAAGUAUCGAGGCGCGUUCUGCGAGGCCAAGGUCAAGAGUGUGGAUCGCGUCACACAAUGCAAAGUCCGCUUCAACGCAGACAAGCGCGUGUUGAUGCUUGACUCGACCAACAUCCGAGGCACGAUAGCCGAGGGUGCCACCGUCGACGCCAUGAGCCAGCAGGACAACAAGUAUCGGCCUGCCACCAUCUUACGGCUCUUUGACGGGUCGACCUAUACCGUUGAGUUUGACGAUGGGGACAUUAAGACUGUGAAGCGGAACAAUCUCACGCUCAAGGGCAAGCCAGCCUUCCUCCACGCGUCAACACUCGAUGACAUGCCACUGACAGAUCCAGAGACACUAGUCAAGGUUGCACUGGGCAAGAAACAUCGGCAGGGCAGCAAGCGCUCGCGAAAACAUGCCAACGGCGAAGGCGGCGAUGACGACAACGACGACGACGAUGACGGCGACGACGAUGAUGAGGAUGACAACGAUGAUGAUGACGGUAGUAAUAGUGAUGAGGGAGAGUCGAGUGCCAGCGUGGCCAGCGAGCACGAAGAAGAUAGCGCAACCAUCGCAGUCAAAUCGGCAGGACGUGCCGCAACAGCAACACCCCCACCAACCACAGCCAGCGCAACCAGUCCCGUUCGAGGUCGAGGAAAGGCUGCAAGCAAUGCACCUUCCACGUCAUCGCCCCUGGCCAACGGCAGUUCGUCCCGCGGCACGUCAUCGCCUCAGCUCGGUAGCUCUGGCACUGCUUCCCGCAACAACCACGCCGCAGCGGCGCCCGACAACAACCCGGCCCCCUUGAAGCGGGAGUUGGUUCUCGUGAAUCUCAGCUCCAUGAAGCCAAAGGGCGAAGAGUACUGGGCACCCGCGUUUAUUGUGCCGACGUCGGAGCUCGGGGGCCAGAAAGAACUCCGCCCCGACGCCGACGAAUGUGUUGUGCGGGUCCUUGAAGACGCACGAUUUCUUGUGGUGGACAAGACGGGCGUCAAGCCGUUCAUUCUCACCCAAGACCCUUACUUGCGGCUGGCUCGCUUCUCGGCCUUCCGCGAGAACGAUGGCGUUCUGUCCGCCCUGGCGUACCUCAAGGAUGGCUCGCUCCCCGAUGGCUUCCAGUGGGAGGCAUGGGAGCGAGAGGACGUGAGGCUGCACGUCACGCGUCUCAAGAGCUCGAGCCAGUUUCAAAACAGGGGUGACGGCUCCGACUCGAUGCUGGGCGCGUCCGACCUUGAUGACGCGGAGGAAAAGUACAUUCCUGCUGAUCUGGAUAUCGACGCUGAAAGCGUCUAUCCGAUUGGUGGUCGCGUUGAGGCCAAACACAACAGCAGCGUGUAUCCCGCAAAGGUUGUCGCCAUCCGCGCCAUCAAGCGGAAACCGCAAUACCUCAUUCACUACGACGGCUGGAAUAAGCGGUACGACGAGUGGGUACAGCAAUCAGCGAUCGUUCGCGGAACGCUCAUGAAGCGCAAGCCCAGGUCGGAGAAUGACACCCCUGGAGCCUCGCCUCCUCGAUCGUCCACCCUAGCCUCAACUUCUCCCCCUCCACCGGCACCUGCCACCCGUGCAUCUACCGCUUCUCCGACGCUGUCGCAGGCACCACCACCACUACCACCAUCGUCAGCAUCAUCAACAUCAUCUUCUGGCAAGUCGCCUGUGAUUGGAAAGCCCGAGUCUCGCCGAGGAUCGGGCAAGACUGCUGCGCGCCCUGCAACGCCAACGAUUGCCACUACACCCUCUGCUGCUGCCUCGACCGUAGCUUCGACACAGGCGUCUGGGUCGGCGACGCCUGUGCCGAUGGAAGGGAUUGUGUCAAGGACCGAUUCGCCUGCACCGGGUGAGUUGGAAGAAACAGCGCCCGAGAGUGGUGGUGGCGACGACUCGCAGCCAGCGUCUGGUGCUGGGAACAAGAAGCGUGGCGGGAAAGCUGCCAAGGGUGCCCGCAAACCCACUGCUCCAGCCUCGGUUUCUGAUGCCUCCGCUGGCGGCGCCGACGGUGCUUUGCCUGAAAGCGAUGCGAAACAACAACCGCAACCUGCACCCGUGGACGAGCCUGUAUCGUCGUUUGUGCCUGUGCCAUCCACUGCUCCUGUUGCUGCUUCGCGCAAACGGACUGCCGCUGCGGCCGGUCUCGACUCGAGCGAGUCCAACGGGGCCAAGGCCACGAACGGACACGCGUCAUCGGCGGAUGAGGGCGCUGGGACAGACGCGCCUGUGGCUUCCGAGACUGGCAGGCGAAAGCGGCCGCCGCCAGCGGUGACACAGCCCAAGAAGAGCACUCGCUUACGAGGGCAGGAGCCCGAAGUGACCACUGUGAGUGACACCGAGGACGCCGAAGCAGACACCAACAGCGCUGCCGCAAACAACAUUGUGUUGCCAACAAACGCUGAGGCGCAGACUGGUUUUCUUCCGCCGACUUCGGCCAUUAUCGAUCCAAAUACGCUGCUUGCCGCCAAUGCUGCUGCGCUUGGCAUUCCCGUUGCCCACCUGGAUCCGUCAACCGGAUUGACCGGUGUGCCUCAGCUGAUGCCGGGGCUUGUUCCAGCCCCCUUGGCCAUGAUGAUGCAGCCACCAGGCGUUCCCUCCUUGUAUGCAACCGAAGAAGACGAAGAAGAGGAGGAGGAGGAAGAGGAAGAAGCCGACGAGGACGAGGAGGACGGCAAAGAAUCGGCCGAGUCUUCCGAAGGCGAGCAGCAGUCUGCCAUGGACGAGACAUCGCAAGACCAGCAGCUAUUGUUCCAGCAACAACAGCAACAGCAGCACCAACUGCAGCUUCAAAUGCAGAUGCAGCCAAUGCACCUUGGCUAUCCGUCGAUGGGCCAACAGCAGCCCUCGCAAUUCCUAGUCCCGCUGUCCAACAGUGUCGGUACCUCUGGCUUUACGCCCUCCAACACGCUGCCGUUUAGUUCUCUUCCUAGUGCCUUUUCGCAAGGCGGCAUGCUGCCAGCCAAUGGCAGUUCACUCGGGGCAUCGUCGUUCGGCGUACCCGUGCACCAGCAGCAGCAGCAACAGCCACCGCAGCAACAGCCACCGCAACAACAGCAGCCGCAACUACCACCACCACAACAACAGCAACAACAACAACAGCCAGAGAUGGGGAACAUGUUGCCUCCAGGGCACCUUUCGCAGAUGGAUGCUCAGCAGCAUGGCGUUGCGCCGUAUGCAGAAGCGCACGACCCUGCCCAACUGGCUCAUUAUCAGAAUCAGUCCCAGCUUCCACACCUUCCACACUUUAUGCCACAACAGCAACAACUGCAGCAACAGCAGCAACAGGGCUAUCAGCACAAUGGUUUUGUGCCGUACGACCAGUCGCAGCAGCAGCAGCAGCAGCAGCAGCAGCAGCAGUACAUGAUGCAAACCGGCGGCCAGGUACCGAUCGCGCCUGGAAUGAGCCUUCUUCCGCCCCAACCCCAGGGCUUGUUUAUCAACGACGAACUCAUUGGCGAGUAUGGCUCCGCGGGCAUCUUGCAGGCCGCCCUCUUGUCCCCAGCUGCAAGCACCUCUCCCGUUUUGCUCUUCGGUCCGCCCAGUCCCCCUGCACACUAUGGCUAUGGCUAUUACGAACCCGAGGUGCCCAUCACCGAGCACGAGCAUGCCACUCAGCAAGCAGAGUUUGCAGCGCGCACCCACCAGCUGGCUGCUACCGUCCAGCAGGCGUGUAUGCGCACGCCAGAGCAGGACGCCGCCAACACUCGUCCCCAGGCCAAAGUCUUGCUGUAUGGGAAGCAGUGGCUGUCGCGCCUCAAUGACCAAAACCGCGAACGCAUGGCCCGCAAUGGCGAAGCAGACUCACAAACCAUCGUGACCCGCAUGAAGAUGCUGCAGCGUGAUUAUAACAAGCACCGCUUGCAUCUCCGUGCGCUCGGCCGAAAGUCUGGGCGAGAUUCGAGCACAACUGCUGCAGUUGCAGCCGCGGACUUGGCCACGACGACGACGACGACGACGACGACGCGGGCCGAGUCUUUCGCGGAAGCAGCACCGUUGCCGAUCGCUGCGCCUGUGGAAGCAGUCACUGUCAAUGCUGCUCCCGCUGCCAUGGUUGUCUAA